ACUGAGUGUGACUGAUUGUUUGUAGUGAGCGUGAAUUGUUCAGUGCGAAGUGGCAGAAACAAGACACGAUCAUGGUGAGCGAAAACUAUACCCAGUUGCUGCUGGACGGUACGAGCAGGUUCAACCUGUCCGCGUUCAGUACCGCAGCCGGGCCGACCAUGUCCCUCGAGGAGGACCUUCAAACGCAGAUGAUGGUAUCGACGAUUGUGGCGAUCUUUUUCGGAUUUAUAGGCAUUACGGGACUGCUCGGUAAUGCACUGGUCGUGCUCGUCGUCCUAUCGAAUCCACAGAUGCGCUCGACGACAAACCUGCUCAUCAUCAACCUUGCCAUAGCGGAUCUACUGUUUGUGGUAUUUUGCAUACCCUUCACUGCCACCGAUUACGUGCUCGCGUCCUGGCCAUUCGGCGAACUCUGGUGCAAAACUGUGCAGUAUUUGAUCGUGGUGACGGCACAUGCCAGCAUCUACACGCUUGUGCUGAUGUCACUGGACCGGUUUCUGGCGGUUGUGCAUCCGAUCGCCAGCAUGGUCAUUCGCACAGAGAAGAACACCGUUCUUGCGAUUACGAUCCUCUGGGUGGUGAUCAUCACCACCGGGCUACCCGUAUCCUUCGCGCAUGGAAUCAUUCGAUACAAACACCUCGACCAGGUGGUAGAGCAGUGCGGAUUCCUCGAAAAGGAUAGUCCCUCCUGGCCCGCCUUUCAUAUCGCGUUCUUCCUCAGCUCGUACGUGGUGCCGCUAAUACUGAUCAGCGUCCUGUACAUGUGGAUGCUGUCACGGUUAUGGCGAAGUUCGGUCGGUGGACGAUCGGCCGAGUCGAAAAAGGGCAAAAAGCGCGUUACCCGGCUGGUAGUGAUCGUGGUGGCGGCGUUUGCUUCAUUAUGGUUUCCCAUCCAGGUCAUCUUGGUACUGAAGAGUGUGGACGUAUUCGUGGCCGAUUCACAUUUUAAAAUUUCACUACAAAUCGUAUCACACGUUCUGGCCUACACGAGCUCCUGUAUAAAUCCACUGCUGUACGCAUUUCUGUCGGAAAACUUUCGGAAAGCAUUCCGUAAGAUUGUCUACUGUGGUCCAGGAAGCCGCCGGCAGGGAAGCCAGAGACAUAUGCCACUGCCAACGAAAACGACACGAACCGGCAGCUGUCCAGACAUUUUAUAACCGGAAGCAAUCGAGGAAACGUCCGUCACUUUCGUUUAAUGCACUCUCCGUUUCACACUCUACCGUAGUGCUUCAGUUCCUUCGUCUCCCACCUUCAAACACAUCGCAAACAUCAAUAGAUCGAUAGCAUGGGA